AUCUCCUCUAGAUACUUUCUGUCUCUGCUUGCUGACUCUUGUUACGCGUUCUAUUAGACUGAUGGUCAUCUUUCUUCUGACAAUGCACAGGGCUUCGUGCUUUAUGGCUCUUUCGCUCUCUACAGUGCUGUCCUUCGCUUCUAGCCUUGUGCUGGCCAUUUGCUUACCACUUCCACCAUGAUUCUCUCACAAAACAGAAUGGAUCUCGAGUCAGAAGACACGUGGUCCGACAGUGAAUCUGAAGCAGGUGACCACGACGGUCUUCCGCUCCACUCCCGAGCUUAUCAGAUCGAGAUGUUCGAGCAAAGCAUGCAAGGCAACAUCAUCGCUAUCAUGAGUACUGGGAGUGGCAAAACUCUCGUAGCCAAGUUACGCAUCGAAGCUGAACUACAACGUACAAUUGGCCAGCGGGUUUGGUUUACGGCUCCAAGCGUCGUUUUAGCCAUUCAACAAUACUCGUUCCUUUCCAAACAACUUCCAGCAUUCCAAUUCAGGCUGAUUACCGGUAUGGACAAUGCGGAGUACUGGAGGACCCAGGAGGUCUGGGACAAAGUCCUCUUCAACAUCGAUGUUGUCGUCUCCACGCCUCGCAUUUUGCUUGACGCGCUGAACUAUGGUUUCUUGUCCUUGAAAGAUAUCUCCCUGCUUGUGGUUGAUGAAGCUCACCACUGUGUGGCCCGUUCAGAUCUAAACACAAUCAUGCAACUGCAUUAUCAUGCCCCUGACGCUCGCGGCUUGGGCCACAGCUUGCCGCAUAUCCUGGGGCUUUCUGCCAGUCCUAUUACCAAGAGAAGAACGUCUGAAAUACGUGAGUUGGAAGCAAAUCUCAAUGCCAAGUGCAAGACGCCACUACAACAACUGGAUGAAUAUACGGCCUUUGUCAAUAUGCCAAAGCUAGAAACAGUCACCUUUGAGAGGAACUGUCGUUCACCGUCAAUGUUGUUGACUAUUUUGCGGGGCGUAAUCUCUGGAGUACAAGUGGAAGAUGACCCUUUCUUUCGAUUGCUGAAGGACAAAAGUGACAUGCGUUCCCGAGAAAAGUUGAAGCAGAUCCUGAAACGAAACGCCACCCCGGCUAUCGAGGAGCUUCGCACUUUUGACAGAUCAUGCGUGGACAUUCAUGAAGACCUGGGAAGGUGGGCCUGCGACGCUUUCAUUACAGCGGGCACUCAAAAGGCACUGGUACUAGCAUCCGCAGAGGGAGACGCAUAUGCACUGGGAGGGCCCUCGAACGACAAAUCCCGUUUCAUUGGCUCCAUACUUCAGAGUUUUCGUGAAUCCAGUGACUUAUGUUCAGACUGGGCGUUGGACAGCAAUCUGUCGCCAAAAGCGGAAGCACUCUUCAAUUUCCUAACCCAAGAGUAUAGUCCAACCCUGAGAGGCCUCGUCUUCGUGAAAAAGAGAGAUACGGCAUGGGCACUUACAGAGCUCAUCAACAACCAUUCAAAGAUGCACAACUAUCAGGCCUUUUCUUUUGUCGGUGCUUCCAACCCGGGACAUCAAGGAGUCUUCGAUUUCGCUCAACUGCAUGUUCAAAACGAGAACUUGGAAAGGUUCAGACGUGGAGAGUUAAACAUCUGCGUCGCCACAUCAGUACUUGAGGAAGGGAUCGAUGUACCCGCCAUGAACCUGGUCAUAUGCUUUGACGAACGUCCCAAUCUUCGAAGUUUCGUUCAGAGCAGAGGGCGAGCACGGCAACGCAACUCGAAGUUUGUCGUUUUCCGGCCUAGGGAGGAAACAGGUGCCAAAAUCAAGAUGUGGGAAACCUUAGAAAGAGAAAUGAAGGAGGAAUGUGAAAAUUCUCUUCGUGCUUUAGAAGAGCUGAAAGCGGUCCAGAUGCAAGACGAAUCAGGUGGAGAGAUAUUCCGUGUUCCAGCAACCGGGGCCACAUUGACCUUUGACAAUGCUCGCGAACGAUUACAGCGUUUUUGUUCCAAGCUGCCGAAGAAGGAAGGACUCGAUGUGCCGGAGUUGGUAUAUUGUGUUGAAGGCGAGGUUGGGGUCGCAGUGUCUGCUAAGGUCUACCUCCCGAGCUCCCUCCCAGGAGUGUUGCGAGUCUUCCAUUCGAAGUCGAACUGGAUGACAGAAAAAAUGGCCAAGAAGGACGCUGCUUAUCACGCUUACCUAUCGCUAUAUCGGGCUGGACUUGUUACCGACAACUUGUUACCUCCAGAGGUGCCUAAAGCGACCAACAACGGAACCCAGCCGGACAAUACCAUUCGAACAAAAGACGGGAUGUGUAACGUGCACGACCAGUAUGAUCCUUGGUCACCGGUAAUGAGCAAUUGGUCGCACUCCACCAAGCUAUAUACACACACCUUUCAGAUUGCCGGAGGGACCAGCAUCUAUCCAUCAAUGUUGAUGCUUCUGCCUCUGAAGCUUUUCGCAACAUCCUUCCCCCUUUACCUGACCGCCUAUAACAGCAUACAGAUCUCUUUCAACGCGGGAGAGGAAGUUUCUGGGUUUUCAGUGGAGUUGAGUCGAGACAUCAGCUUCCAUCUGCUCAUGAGCAUAUUGGGGAGGAGACUUCAAGGCAUUCAGAAGGAGCAACUGCCGUUUGUGCUUGUUCCCGACAUGGAUCCGCGCUUCCUUGAACGAUGGUAUUCUCAAGUCUCGACCAACAUGCCUUUGUCCAGUGUGCUUGCGGACGGCGGACUUUCCAAACGUAAAUAUCUUUUGAGGCAUCGGGAAGAGCCGGUACCAUUCGUCUAUGACCAUGAAUUGACUCAAUCGGAAAUCAUGGACGUGGACGGCCUUGAGGCAAUCAGCAUUGCAGCCAGGAGGUUCUCAAGAAAGCUGGAAUAUCUGGAUCCGCCACUGCAUUUGCUAUCGACCAAACCCGCUGUAUCUACGACUUUGCUGGCUGACAAUUGUGAACUCUUGGGGUUGCCGGCAGAAUAUGGCGAGCUGGUGUUGCUUAUCCCUUCCAUCACCCAUAUGAUUGAAGUUACGCUGCGCUCAGCGGAAGCGUGCAAGGGCCCUCUGUCAAGCCUGGAGUUUGCUGAUCUUGAUCUGGUCUCCCAAGCAUUGACUCUGCCUAGCGUCAGCGCUCGGAACUAUGACCGUCUGGAGUUUCUUGGAGACGACUUGUUGAAGUUCUAUGCUUCUCUGCAGAUCUUUGUGGACAACCCUAAUCACCCAGAGAAUCUCCUGAGCAUGGAUAGGGAGCGCAUCGUUAACAACGCCCGUCUCCAACGAACGACACGAGAACUCGGUCUGGAUCGUUUCCUUACAAAGCAUAAGUUUUCGGGAGCGCAAUGGAGAGCCGGCGUCAGCAGUGCCGACACCGUCGAUGCCGUACCCUCGAAAAAAAGACUUUCUGCAAAGACGCUUGCUGACAUCGUCGAGGCUCUCAUCGGUGCCGCAAGCCUCGAUGGCGCAGCCUCUGGCACUGCUCACGAGAAAGUCAUUCGUGCCUUGCAACUCUUUCUCAGCGAAGUCGAGUGGCGUUCCACAGAGGAUAAUCUAGCAAGAUUGUCCAUCAAACACGACUCUUCCCUACCAGGUCUCGACCUCCUCGCGCCAGUCGAGACACUAAUCGGUUACACAUUCACUCACCGCAGCCUUCUCUCUGAAGCACUGACACAGUCAUCGCUUGGUGCUGGCACCACUUCGUACGAGCGCCUCGAGUUCCUGGGCGACGCUAUCCUCGACCACAUCGUCAAGGCGAGGUUGUUCCAUAGUCCGCUCAAGCUUGAGCCGGAACAAAUGACGAUUCGCCGACAUGCGCUGGUCAGCCAUGUGACGCUCGCGUUCUUCGCGCUGCAGACAUCACACGAGCGCAGUAUUAUUGAGAUCCAAACAGAUUUCCGGACACGAAAGACGGAAGAACAUGCAGCAGUACAAGCUGUCUAUCUGCCGGACUAUAUUAAGCGAAUAGGUAGUCGUCAGGAUAUCGAAAGUCGUGAACUCACAAUUGCAGCAUAUGAGGAAGUCCGCGAAAGCAUCCUAGAGAGUUUCAGCAACGACAGAAAAUUCCCCUGGUCCGACCUCUACCAUCUGCGUGCGCCAAAGUCGUACUCCGACAUUAUUGAGUCGAUCCUGGCGGCUGUGUUCAUUGAAUCGGGCGGGAGUAACGACGCGUGUGAGUCUGUGCUCGACAAACUCGGUUUUAUGAAGUUGUUGGACAGAUUCGCGAACGAGCGCGAUCUCGAUGUUUUGCAUCCCGAAGCCCGGCUCUCUCAAGUUGCGAAAGACUCUAUACUCGUGGCAAGUCAGAGUAAGAAGUCUGGCUGGCGGUGCAAAGUCAUCUUGGACGGGGAAAAGAUCGCGCACGCUCGGAAGGCGAGUUGUAAGGACGAGGCGACGUGUAGGGCAGCGGAGAAAGGGGUAGGUGUGCUUCUGGAGGCGAGGAAGAGGAAGACAAGCGCAGAGUAUGUUGACAAAGCCGGACCUACCGCGGCGACUGGUGAGGAAGAGGUGGUGCCUAUGGAGGUUGACGAGGAAGCAGGUUAAGAGUGGGCUUCGGGACAUUGUUACGGAGCUAUGUGAUGAUUUACACGAGCUGAACGCUUGCGAGAAGACCGAAGAAGGGCAGCUUGAACAUUUGGAAGGCCAGCCGGGGCUUUUGGAUGAUCAAUCCCCCUAACGGCAGCCUUUUGCAAGAAGACCGGCAUGGUAUGAAGACAUCAGACGACGGCCGACUGAUGCAUUGUUAUUUGAAAAGGACAGAACAGAAAAAGACAUGACACGACGUAACAAAGCGACGGAAACCAACAUGUCCAGCAACGCAAAUGAACGGAAAUGAGCAUAUGAAUGGGGAGAAAAACGAGGCUACACGAUGUUACGACUUACGAUUGCGAGAUGGCUAGCAAUGAUUUCGGGUCUUUGUGGUGACUUUGGAUAGAAAUUGC